ACUUCCUGCCGGGGAUCCACGAGGAGGGCACAGCGCCUCUGGGACCCGGCAACGAGCUGGCAGGGCCACCCCGCGGCGACAAUGGCCAGCCUGGCCGCCCAGGACUCAUACCUGCAGGGCUUGGCCAGGAGGGUCAGCGCGCAGCACCCUCCGGAGUCGCGGAAGAGGAAAUUUGUGCCUAAGCCAGGCCAGCCCGAGGAUCCUGGCAGACAGCCCAAGAAACAGAAGAGAAAGAAACUGAGGAAGCAAACUGAGAAGAAUAAUGCACCUUCAGUCAAACAGGUGGUUUCUAACACCAGUAAAUCCACUCCAGGACAGAAAGCAGCCCCUCAAGCCAGCAAAUCCUCUCCACAGGGUGUUACACAGAAUAGGAAUGAGAGCUUGGCCACAGGGAGUAAAAGUGAACUGAGUUCCCCUUCUGUUUCUGCAAUCAAUCUCUUGCGUCAGAGACUGCACGAGAAGAUUAAAAAAGCUUCUGGACAAGGUAAUGCCAAAGAAUUAACCCCUGCAGUCCUGGAGAAGAGGCAGCGAAGGAAAUACGAGAGAGAGAGAAAGAAGCGCCGAAGAAAGGAGUUGAAGAUGAAGGCAAAAAUGGAGAAGAAAGAAACUGAGGAGGUACCAGUGGAGCCAGAAAACAAAAAGGAGGAGACCAGAGCUGAGGUUGUCUUUAACAGAGUUGAAGUCCAUGAAGAGAAUGAGUUGAACAAGAUCCAGAAGAAGAAGGAGAAGAGGAAAGCAGUGAAAGGCAAUAUCACUCCUCUGACGGGCAAGAACUACAAGCAGCUGCUGAGCAGGCUGGAGAUGAGGAAGAACAAGCUGGAGGAACUCAAGGAUAAGGACGAGAAGAAAGCUCAGGAGCUGGAGACCAAGAUAAAAUGGACAAAUGCUCUCUAUAAGGCGGAAGGUGUGAAGAUCCGUGACGACGAGGAGCGGCUGAAAGAAGCUCUGAAGCGCAAGGAGAAGCGCAAAGCCCAGCGCAAAAGGCAGUGGGAGCAGCGGACAAUAAGGGUGGUGGAAAAGAUGCAGCAGCGGCAGGACAAGCGGCAGAAGAACAUCCAGAAGAAGAAGAAGGAUAGGAUGGAGAAGAAGAAAGCCAGGGCCAGGAAGAAAGGCCGGGUUCUGCCAGAGGACUUGAAAAAAGCUGGGUUAAAGUGAGAGGGAGGUUGCUGGUCCUGGCAGCCCAGAUUCCAUCCCACUUGUGUGCCACUGUCCCAGGGGAGGCAGUGCCUGAGGACACCAGGCUGUGGGGCAGGCACUGCCACGGCUUCCCAGCUUCAUCACAGGGAAAAAAAAAAUUGUAUGUUUGUUAAUAAAGUUUUUUAUCCUAAGGACA